CCAUUGAGGUGAUAAUGUUGUCCAGUACAUUGUCAUGGAGCCCAAUUCAUAUCACCAUUUUCAUAGAAUGAAGAAGAUAGCCCAGAUCUGGUGCGAGUCCAAAGCCUAUCUGAUGUAAACUCAACCGAGUUCGUCCGACUCAGCCACACGUGACCGUUCUUUCUCCAGCUGGUCCUAUCUUUUUCAACAGAUUCCUUGUGCAAUCCGAUCUACAACGCAGACCCACAGAGAUCACUCGCUCCUGGUGUUUUCAGCUCCAAAGCAGUAGAAGCAGCUCCGGAAUUCGCCUAUCAAGGUGAGCCCUUUCCCUUCCUUUGUCACCGCACGCCGCGCGAAUUCAUGUAUAGCUCGACCCUUCUGUGCUAUAGGAGCAAAGGGCCUCUUUCUUUCUCCUUCAAUGACAAUUCCUACUUGCUGACUGAUCGAUUCGACAAGUACCCAUUAGCCCAUUCGUCGUCGUCGUCGUCGUGUUGUUGUGGUUGUUCUUGUUGCUGUGCGCGUCCUGCUUGUUGUGGACAUAGUAACUAUGGGGUGUCUGUAAGCCCUUCGUUGUUGUAUGGGUGGAGGCAAUCCUCUUUGCUUCAGUGGUCAGCUUCUAGGAGGCUGUACUUUGGCGGGGGAGACCGGUACCAUUGUCGGCUCCCAGUUCACGGCAUUGACCGGGAGGUCUCGGAUUUGUAUGAGGCAGGUUCUUGUGCUUUUAGGGAGAGAAGUGGUGAGAGAAGAAAUGGGGGGAGAAGAAGGAGGAUCAAGUGUAUGGUUUCGGAGGAAAAUAAUCAGAUCCGCCGGUUGAGCUGUUUUGAGGAUGCGGAGGCCGUGCUUAGUCUGUUGAGUGAAGAAGUCGAUGAGGAGUGUUUUGAUUCGAGAGGGAAACCGGGGAGCAGUUCGUUCAAGAGAUAUGAAGUGGAGAGGAAAAAGAUUCACGGCAGUGAACAUUCAAGGGGUAGAAAGAAAAAGGGGUCAGUUUCUAAGGAGAGUAAUUCGAAAUGCAAACUCGAGGGUAUCGAGAUCAAGUCGAGGGAUGAUGUUCGCACACAGGACGAAGGAAGAGGAGAUUUUAGGAGAGAGGAGAAUUGCAGGGCAAAGAAAGAGGCCUCUAGUUGUUCAUCUUAUCAUUCAUUUUCAUCUUCUGGUGGUUUUGGGAGUGAUAUAGAAGAGAUUAAAGACGAUGGAUUUGUGGGAGAAACAUCGAGUGGCCACUGUAAAGACUCAAAGAGGAGAGAAGAGAGGAAAACUGACAAUGAGAUGUCGGAAGAAGACAGAAUAUAUAGAGAAGAAAGGGAGGAAAGUGAGACCUUGGAGAAGAAAAAAGCCAUGGCGAGGAGUAAUGUAGAGUGGGAUUGGAGAAAGAAGUCAGAAAAGAAACUCAAUGAGCUGUCGGUUGAAGAAGCGCAAUAUCAGAAGGAAUCCUUGGAAGGAUGCAGUACAAUGUCGAGAACCCAUGAUUAUGAUGAUAGAAAAUCUUCCAUUUCCCGCACCCAAUUCACUGGUGCGGUAAAGAAAUCGACUUUUCCUGUGAACUUGGAUUCUAGAGCAUCUAUUAGUCACAGACAAAAUGAAAAUGAAGAUGUUAACAUCUCUAAAUUGGAAAGAAAAAGCAAAAGAAAUAAAGAAGUUUGUAGAGCCUGUGGUAGUGAGGUGAAAGCGUCGUCCCAAUCUGAAAAGCAACUCAGUAGCAGGGAGGAGAAACUAAUGGCUUCUUCUGGUUCUAUUUUGAAGAACAGAAAUGAAAGCAGGAAAACGGCUGGCCAUGUGGCUGAAAGAGAUGAAUUUGCUGGAAAUACCCAGGAAUUAUCUCGAGAGCUGGAAAUCCAAGAGAUGGACACUGAGGAGACUUCCAGUUUGCAUAGAAAGUCUAGGAGGAAUGAUUGGGAGGUAAAGGUGAAUUUGGGCUCAAGCUCGGCUCAGAGGAGAGAAGAGCAAAGCCACCAAGAUGAUCAGAUCACCAUAGAAGGUAAAUUUGGAAAAUCCCAACAGUGUACUGAGCCAUCAGAAAGCAACCAGACAGCUGAGAGGAUGUCCAUUAUACAGUCUAAUAGGAUAAAUUUGCAACAGAAAACAAAUGUGGUUUCAUAUUCAUAUCCAAGUGAGAGGGAACAAUAUCACCAUACAGAUUCACAGGCCCUCAAACUGGCACACUCAAGUGGUGAAUCCCAAGAUGACGUGAAUAAGUCAAAGUUUCGUGCUAGUGAUAUGGAAACAGCUCGUAGCUCCCAGCAAACCUCUGAAAAGAGAAUGGCUAGUCAAGAUAUGAAUUUAACAUCAGUUGUGACGCUGUCUGGGGAUGCCCGGGACGGACAAAAAGAAAGCAGAGGAAAAGUCAUGCAGUCUAAGUCAGGUUUGGGCAGCACGCCUCCGAGACUUGCUAAACAAUCUACUUCUCAUCAAAAAGUUGUAGAACGGCCUUCUAGUAACCAGAACAUUAAUUUGGUUUACCAACAGAAUAUGCAAUUGAUAAACCAGGAGGUCAACACAGUAAAUUCACAAUCUUUAUUGAUAGCUCCACCUUCUCAGUUGGUAGCCAGGGGCUCUUCUUAUGCUGAUAGGACAAGUGGGAUGCCAACUAAAGAGAAUUUCUUGGAAAGUGGUUCUAAUACCUCAAGUACACACGGAGAAACUCAAACUUCUGCUUUGCAUGCACAGCUUGAUAGUGGAGGCAGAAGAGAUGGGAACCAUGGGGCACCGUUGUAUGUUAGAACUCAUGAAGAUGCUCUUGGGUCAGCUCUUCGUUUGGAGGAAUCAUCUAGAAAAUUUGUUGGGGAGUACAUUGAGAAGGCCAGGCACGAAAUAAGUAGUGAGGCCGAAGUAGAUACAUCUGAUGCUAAGUCAGGAUACGGUAGUGAAGCUAACAUCCAAGCUAGUUCCACUCAAUAUGGUUCAGAAGACGUUCCGUUAAGGAAUCGUGACUCAAGGCACCCUUCUGGGAGUUCUGGAUCAAAAGGCCCUACUGAUGAAAUAUGGCAUGAAAUUGAUCCAUCUAUUCACGAAGUUUUGAAGUCGGAAGAACCUGACAGCAGUACAACAAGUGGUCCUGUUGCUGUCAGGAGAUCUGGCAGGUCCUUGUGGAAUAUCAUGGCGGAUAUUGUUCGCCUGCGCUGGGGUUCACGAGCUGAAUCAUCCACUUCAGCUGCACUUUCAGGUGGAAAGAGCACAAUGAAUGAGUCUGUUAGCAUUGACACGUGGUUCUCUGGCCAUGAGCAUGACGAAAACAAUGAUGGGAACAUCAAGCGCGAAAGAAGUACGCCACAGAAAGUAACCUCUUCUGACCAGCUGCAGCCAUUGCAUCCUUUAACUCGAAACCGUACACAUUCACCAAAAGGUGAAAAAAGAACACCAUCUGAAGCUGAGAUUCUAUCUCCUGUUAAAUCAGGAAGCAGUUUGGCAAAGACGAUCUCCUCUGGUUCAGCACAACAGGAAGAAGAAAUUGGUUGGCAUGAAAAAGUACAGGACACCAAUAGCCCUCCUCUUGCUCUGGAAUUGGUGGAAUCAUCAUUACCUCAGCCUCCGAGAGAAACAACUCCUCCAAGAGGAGAAGCAUCUUCAGAUACUGGUAAGACCCUUUUAGCUGGUACUGGCCUUCGUGAAGGGUUGGACCAAAAUGCCGAAAAGUUAAUUGAAGUUGGAGGAGUGGAGGUUACGAGUUCACCGCUGAAACAGAGGAAGUUCCAACGGGCCAAGCAAGUAACAAGAGAUAGAUUUGAUGAAUGGGAAGAGGCAUACAGAUUUGAAAGUGAGCAGCGGAAGAUUGAUGAAAUGUUCAUGAGGGAAGCACUUGUGGAAGCAAAUAAAGCUGCUGAAAAGUGGGAAGUGCCAGUUGGAGCAGUACUGGUGCAACAUGGGAAGAUUAUUGCUCGUGGAUUCAACCUGGUGGAGGAGUUGAGGGACUCUACGGCCCAUGCUGAAAUGAUAUGUAUAAAGGAGGCAUCGAACGUUCUUCGGUCAUGGAGACUUGCGGAGACAACAUUAUAUGUGACACUGGAACCAUGUCCCAUGUGUGCUGGAGCAAUUCUUCAAGCUCGAGUCGACACUCUUGUUUGGGGAGCUCCCAACAAACUUCUUGGAGCUGAUGGCAGCUGGGUUAGGCUUUUCCCGAUUGGUGAAGGGGCGACUGCUUCUGAAGGCACAGGCAAGCCGGCUCCUCCUGUACACCCGUUUCACCCGAAAAUGACCAUCAGGCGAGGCGUGUUAGAAUCAGAGUGUGCAGAUGCAAUGCAGCAGUUCUUCCAGCUGAGAAGGAAGAAGAAAGAGAAGAAUUCAGAGCCAGCAACCCCGCCUUCAUGUCUUCCCAUCUCGCCCCACCCAUCAAAGCUGCUCAACAAGAUGCAUGACAUGUUCCACCUUAUGUUUUGUUUGUGAAAGAACGAUGUUGAUUGCAAAAAUACUCACCAAUCCAGAAGCACGUGAGAAAACCCUGAAUCAUACUGUAGGGGGAUGAGCACAUAAACCAUGGUGAAAACCCGUCAUUGUCCUUGUGAAAUUACCCGUCUCAUAUGUAAGUUUUGAGGUUUUUGUAUGGUCCUUUAAUUCGGCCAAGGUUCUUGUAACCAAGAGGGAUAAAAUGCGAGGAAUUCUUUAUUGUUCUUGUACAAACAUUUUUGUAGCUAUCAUGCAAGAUCAUGCGUCAUUCACCUUGA